CUGCGCCGGGGCUGCGACGUCGGGGCCCAGCGGGUUUCCGCGGUUUGCACCCUUUGCCGGGAGACUGCUGCCAUCGGUCAGUCCUGUGGCCUCUCCAGAUGUUAACCAAAGAGUCUUUCUGACCGUUGGGAUCUGGGUUUUUACCUUUUCAUUUUGUAAUCGACUCGGUGUUUGACAUGGAACAUGUGUCGUAUUUAUACUUGGGGAAAUAGCAGUACAAGUACUUUUAUCGGGAGAGGAAUGUGGCGCCGUUCCAGCCCAGAGCUUUGGAUCUCGGUCAGAACCCGGGGAGCAGGGAGCUGACACGGACGUCCUCACCCCUCCCGGCACCUCCUGAGGACCGGUGCUGGGUGAGGUGGGUGGGCGGGGCACAAUGGUUGUCAGGGAGGGUGUCAUGGGAGAGCAGUGGCCAAGUUUGUCUUGCCUCAGAGGAUGCAUAUUCUACCCCGAUCCCUGCCUCGCCACACCUCCCACACACUCCCUUUUCUUCUUCUUGACUUUGGGGGAGGCCUGAACACUCAGGAGUGUGGAGUGGAGUUCCUGUGCGCCCAGAACGAGGAAAUCUGAGAUGGAACGCCAGCUCCAGUCGCGUGUAAAGGCAGACAUCUGAGUAUAACCCCCGGUCACAGAUGAGGAAGCUGCUGUAGGUCCUCCCCACCCGGCACCAUGAGAGAUGCCCUGUGCCUGCUUGUCUCUGCUGCAGCAGCACUGCUCUCCAUCUUCUUCUUCAUUAAAGAAAACCCUUUGGACACUACAAGUUUCCUGUCCUUGGAGGAAAAGGAGCUGGUGGCCUGGCAGAGAGCCCGGAUGCAGCUUAACCCUGGUAGAACACGCCACCUGCAAACCUUCAAAGAUAUGCAGAAAAACUCAGAACCAUUCAAAAACGUGAAUUCCUAUAUCUUGAUUGGAGCCCCUCCUAGGAAAAAAAAACUGCUGACCGUAGGGAUUUCCUCCGGGCAGCGUCCUGAAGGGAGCCACCUCGUGGACACCCUGCAGUCUCUCUUCUUUGCUUCCUCCUCAUCCGAGCGGAAACACUUCACCGUUCUGGUACACCUAGCAGGUCCUGACCCCAAAUGGCUUGUUCAGAUGAUCUACAACCUCUCAGCCAUGUUUAAACCACACAUACAGGCCAGAGAGCUGGUGGUGAUCACUACUCCUCUCACAAGCUAUCUUCCUUUGAAGGAUCUUAAAGUGACCUUUAAUGACCCUCCUGUCCACGCAGCCUUCCACUCCAGGCAAAACAUGGACUAUGCCUUCCUCAUGAACUUUGCCACCCAGCAUUCUGACUAUUUCCUGAUGGUCGAGGAUGAUGUGAAAUGUGCCCCCGGAUUUGUCACCCAGAUAGCUACUGCAGUGUCGGCCUGGGCAAACAGACCCUGGGUGACCCUGGAGUUCUCCCCGCUGGGCCUCACCGGGAAACUCUUCCGUACUGGAGACCUGCCCCGCUUCAUUCACUUCGUUCUCCUCUUCUACCGAGAAAUGCCCUGGGACUGCCUCCUCUCCCACUUUCAGGCCCUGCUGCAGCACACACCAAUCAGGUUCCUGCCCUCCCUCUUCCAGCAAGUGGGCAACUCCUCCUCCUUUGAGGAGGAUGACACUGGCUCUCCCAGCAAUCCUGCUGCCUCCAUCCACACCAGCCUGAAGGUUGCCAACGACUCUGCUCCCUCGCACGCCUACAGCCUGGAUGAAAAUUUCUUUUACACCAAGUCGGCUGAGCCUGGCAGCCAUCUGACUGUGGUUUUGGAUGUACCUGCCCAUGUGUCCCGAGUUCAGGUGCUGACUGGCUCUGACCCGAGAGGCUGGAAUCAGCUGGAAGAGGGACAAGUAGAACUGGGCUGUGACUCUACAAACAGGGUCAGUGACUGUGACGACUACACUCUGCUGGGGCUGCUGGUAAGUGGCGUCCUGAACAAGCAGGUGUUGUCUCCCACGUCUGGGAAGAAGGUGAAAUGUGUGAGACUGCUUGUGACAGCCGCUGCUCCCUCUGGAAUAGUGGUCAGGCACAUCCACCUCUGGACCAAGUGA